CCCGGUGGGAACCUUCGACGUUCGGUUGUACUCCGGGGACCAGCCAUCCGAGGCCUGAGCCCUUCCUGUCGGGUUUGGAUCACUUUUGGAGACGGGCGGAAAGUGGGUGAUGAGUCCUAGCCUGUAAAAGAAGCGAGAACUUGCUUUGCAGCCUGAGUAGUUCUUCUUUCAAUUGUUAUAGUCGCUUUAAAAAAAUCUUUAAUUCACUUAAACUUCGUCUCUGGCGCAUCGAAAGUGGGAGAAAAGUGCUUUUCUGGCUGGAACAUGGAACUACAAGGCCUACAAGAGGCGCUGAAAGUAGAAAUCCAAUGUCAUCAGAGUCCGACAUUGUGCAAAGGCCUGAAUGAGCUUCAGAACGGCCAGAAACUGGCGGUCCGAAGUUGUCCCGUGGGAACGACUAAGCCGCUGUCUCUCAUCAAGCCUCCCAGCCAGGGCAUCGCCAUCUCCGUGGUGCCGGCCAAGGCUCCCGUUUCCAUGGUGACUGCACACAUUAACGGCCAGAAGGCGGCGAGCUCGGAGCAGACGUCGCCUAUUAACCUGCAGACCGGCGGCAGGGCGGCGGUGGUGGGCGGAGUCCACCCGUUCAGUGGCAGCAGGAGAGCCGGAGAGCUGCCCCCCUCCCAGAUGUUGGGAACUCUCACUGCUGUCCCCAUCAAGGUGCCUCAGGUCAGCUCUCUGCACCGGCUGGCAGGACAAGCAGCCACCGUGCUACCUCAGGUCAGGCCAAAGACCCAGAUCCCCGACAGCCUUCCCCACAGUCCCUGCCAGGAGCUGAAGCCACUCAGCCUGCAGAAAGCCACCGCUGUCGUCAGCCCCAAGAGCCAGGGCCCCACCCUGCCCACCGCCAACAGCACCUUCAGCCCCAACCACCAGCCCAACGGCCAGAGUGACGCCUCAUCGCCCGCAGCCCCACCGCACACCCCGUCGGGGGGUUCAGACUCCGGCAGUCCCUCCCAGCACGCCUCUGCGGGGCCCGGUGUGGCCUACGCCAUCAUCGCUGCCUCCCCCGCCACCGGAAACGGGGUUUCCACUGUCAGCGAGGCGGUCAAGGUGAUAAUAAUCCAGCCACAGGCCCCCAGCAACACUGAGGGGUCCCCAGGGGCCCAGGCUGACCUCCCAUCACAGGAGGCCCCACCUGCCCUGAAAUCCCCACCCCAGAAAAAAGAGGAAGACCCUGAGAAAAUUGCCUUCAUGGUUGCCCUCGGCCUCGUCACCACAGAACACCUGGAAGAAAUCCAGACGAAGAGGCAGGAGAGGAAGAGGAGAAGCACAGCCAACCCGGCCUACAGUGGCCUGUUUGAGCCCGAGCGUAAACGCCUGGCGUCGCAGUACCUGAACAGCUCGCUCUUCCUGGCAGCACGAGACUCUGAGGAUCUCUGCUGGAAGGAGGACUUGGAGCAUGAAGACCACUGUGCCAUCUGUAAGGAGGACGGCGAGCUACAGCCAUGCCAGAACUGCCCCCGAGCCUUUCAUCCCAACUGCCUCCACCCGCAACUCAAGACGCCCCCCAGGGGCCCCUGGUACUGUCCCAAGUGCCAGAAGAAGGUUCUGAACAAGGAGAACAUGUCAUGGCCUCAGAACUUCGUUCAAUCCUAUGUUACACACAAGACAGUGAGGCAGGAGGAAAAACGACGGCUGCUGAGACGAAACAACGAGCUGAAGAAGGAGUGCGCUCACCUGGAGGAGGAGGACACAAAGCUCAACAAAAUGCUUAAACUCUGCGUGGACCAGCGGGACCGGCUGCUCGGGCAGCAGAGAGACACGCAGGCAUCGCUCGACCGCCUCAAAGCGCUCAUCAGGCUGAUCCAACACGACCAGCUCAUCCAGGUCACCAUGACGACCACCACCGCCGCCCUGCUCUCUCAGCCAUGGAUCAAACCCACCAGCACAUCUGCCGCAGCUGCUGUCCCGGGUCCCUCGGCCACGCCCCUGCAGAUGACCCAGGAUGAUGUUAACAACUAG